AUGUCGACCUCACCGUCUUCUGAAACGCCGGGCGCCGCCGUCAAUCGCAAGCUCCAGUCCACGCUGCCGCUCGUCGUGGCCGACAAGAUCCCCCAUAUCCCCGAGACCAAGGCCGAGCUCAAGGAGGAGCUCAAGGCCGAGGCCAAGGUCGCCGCGUCGUCGGGCAUGGCGCAGCUGCGGUCGCUCGCCGCCGGCGGCUUCGGCGGCGUCUGCGCCGUCGUCGUCGGCCACCCUUUCGAUCUCGUCAAGGUGCGCAUGCAGACGGCUGAGAAGGGCGUCUACUCGAGCGCCGUCGAUGUCGUCCGCAAGAGUAUCGCCCGCGACGGCCUGCGGAGGGGCCUCUACGCCGGAGUCAGCGCGCCGCUCCUCGGCGUCACACCCAUGUUCGCCGUGUCUUUCUGGGGCUACGACCUCGGCAAGUCCAUCGUGCGCAGCACCAGCACGGUCGCGGCCGACGGCAACCUCUCGAUCGCGCAGAUCUCGGCGGCCGGCUUCUUCUCGGCCAUCCCCAUGACGGCCAUCACGGCGCCGUUCGAGCGCGUCAAGGUGAUCCUGCAGGUGCAGGGCCAGAAGGCGCUCGCGCCCGGCGAGAAACCAAAGUACAGUGGCGGCACCGACGUGGUGCGGCAGCUGUACCGCGAAGGGGGGGUGCGGUCCGUGUUCCGCGGGUCCGUGGCCACGCUGGCGCGCGACGGGCCCGGGUCGGCCGCCUACUUUGCCGCCUACGAGUACAUUAAGCGCAAGCUGACGCCUAAAGACCCCGUCACGGGCGAGCCCAGCGGCAAGCUCAGCCUCGUCGCCAUCACGUGCGCUGGCGCUGCUGCCGGCGUCGCCAUGUGGAUCCCCGUCUUCCCCAUCGACACGGUCAAGAGCCGCCUGCAGACCGCCGAGGGCAAUGUGACGAUUGGUGGCGUUGUCCGCGGCCUCUACGGCAAGGGCGGCUACCGCGCCUUCUUCCCCGGCUUCGGCCCCGCUCUCGCCCGCGCCGUCCCCGCCAACGCCGCCACCUUCCUCGGCGUCGAACUCGCCCACCAGGCCAUGAAUAAGGUCUUCAACUAG